GUUAGACCAGCCCGCGUGGCUGUGGGCUGUUUCUCUCUCCUCGCCUUUUUAUAGCUUAACUGCAGGACUGAAGCGAGUGGCUCGUCUUUAAUCAGAGACUGGAGAGGCGGGCCGAGGUGCUGACUGUAAUGCGAUAGCUGCGCCCGUCCUUAAUGCUAUUACAUCCACAUGCUGCUGCUGCCGCGCUCAGACGCGGAGACGCGCAGUGCCAAACGAGCAGCGUAGAGACGGAGCCCGGGAUCUCUAUCACAAGACUUCACUUACGGAUUCGCUUCACGGAAGAUCUGAUCCCAGCUGUAGCUUUCUGGCAGUUUUUAAGUGUGAGACAGAGCAUUUGGUAGUGGAUUGUGAGGGAAGACGCUUCAUGUCAGUUGGAUUUUGAAGACGAGCGCAAGCCGCGCGUACUCAGUCCGCGCUUCUAAAGCUGAGGAAAUCAAGGCAGUGGCAACGCGCUCAGGCGGUUAUCAAAAAUAUACUUUCUGUGUGAACUUUUGUGCACGAAAAGAAAGUUGUUUCGUUUUAUUUAAGUUUUUUUGUUUGGUUUCCGUGGCUGUUGCUUUUGUUAAGGAUUUGAAAGACAAUGUUUCGGAGAUGUUAAGCAACCAAGUCUGGGUUGAAAUUACACAUUUUGAAGCGUGUCGAGAAAACAAGACAUUGUGAUCAGACUCGAGUCUCAGUGGAUACAUUUGUGGACAAAAUCAUUUUAAACAACAUCUGAGGAACUUGAAGCCCUCAGUAUUUUGCCUUCACACGCUGGGUGACAUUCACCCUAAAAAGAUGGAUUUAUUCACACAGCUCUGUGGAUCUUUAAUUGUCGUAUGUUUAUCAGCAGUUGUUUAUGGAGCAGAAGAGACAUGUGGUGGGCAAUUGGAUGCCAGUGACGCCGGCUACAUCACUACGCCCGGUUACCCUCUGGAGUAUCCACCCCAUCAGAACUGUAGAUGGAUCAUCACAGCCCCCGAGCCAUCUCAGCGUAUCGUCCUAAACUUUAACCCUCACUUUGAACUGGAAAAACUCGACUGCAGGUACGACUUCAUCGAGAUCCGGGAUGGAAACUCCGAGACGGCAGAUCUGUUGGGGAGACACUGCAGCAAUAUCGCCCCCCCUGCGAUCAUCUCCUCAGGCCCUGUUUUGCACAUCAAAUUUGUCUCCGACUACGCCCACCAGGGGGCGGGCUUCUCGCUGCGCUAUGAAAUCUAUAAGACAGGCUCUGACUGUUCCAGGAACUUCACCAGUCCGUCGGGUGUGAUAGAGUCGCCCGGCUUUCCUGACAAAUAUCCCCACAAUCUGGAAUGCACCUUCAUCAUCAUCGUUCCACCUCACAUGGACGUCACGCUCACCUUUCUGACCUUCGACCUUGAAAACGACCCUCUGCAGGGCUCGGAGAGCGAGUGCAAGUACGAUUGGCUGGAGGUGUGGGACGGCCUGCCGCAGGUGGGACCUCUGAUUGGACGCCAUUGUGGUACCAAAAUCCCCUCUGAAAUACGGUCGUCCACAGGUAUCCUGUCUCUGUCCUUCCAUACCGACAUGGCCGUAGCCAAAGAUGGCUUCUCCGCCCGCUACAACAUGACAGCGAAGGAGGUCAAUGACAACUUUCACUGCAGUAAUCCUCUUGGCAUGGAGUCAGGCCAGAUCAGUGAAGACCAGAUCUCUGCUUCAUCCAGCUUUUAUGAUGGCCACUGGUCUCCAAAACAGGCUCGACUUAACUACCAUGACAACGCCUGGACGCCCAAUGAGGACAGCAACAAAGAAUACAUACAGGUGGACCUGCAUUUCCUGAAGGUCUUAACGGGCAUUGCCACUCAGGGGGCGGUCUCCAAAGAGACACAUAAGUCUUACUUUGUCACCACCUUUAAGCUGGAGGUCAGCACCAACGGAGAGGACUGGAUGAUCUACCGCUAUGGCAAGAACCACAAGGUUUUUCAUGCUAAUGCAGACCCCUCAGAGGUGGUCCUGAACCGGAUCCCUCAGCCUGUCUUAGCUCGGUUUGUCCGCAUUCGACCGCAGACGUGGAAGAAUGGAAUCGCUUUGCGCUUCGAACUUUAUGGCUGUCAAAUCACGGAUGCGCCAUGCUCGGAGAUGCAGGGAAUGCUCUCCGGUCUCCUGCCGGAUUCCCAGAUCUCCGCUUCAUCCAUGAGGGACAUCCACGGGGCCACAGGUGCAGCCCGGCUGGUGGCCAGUCGUUCCGGGUGGUUCCCCAGCCCCGCGCAGCCCGUGGCCGGAGAGGAGUGGCUGCAGGUGGACUUGACGGUUCCCAAAACCGUACGGGGUAUCAUUACGCAAGGGGCUCGUGGGGUGGAUGGCAGCACCAGCGCAGAGAACCGGGCCUUUGUGCGGAAGUAUAAACUGUCUCAUAGCUUGAACGGAAAGGACUGGAGCUACAUCAUCGAUCCUAAGACCAAUCUACCAAAGAUUUUUGAGGGAAACACGCACUAUGACACUCCAGAGAUCCGCCGCUUCGAUGAGAUCGUGGCCCAGUAUAUAAGGGUCUAUCCGGAGAGAUGGUCACCUGCUGGUAUCGGAAUGAGACUGGAAGUUCUGGGUUGUGACUUGCCGGAGUCUACAACUAUUCCAGACACUCCCACGCCCACUCUGCCAAUUCAGGAGGAGACAAGUACCGCCCACAAAAUGCCAGCUCCCACAACUUUCUCAUCUCUUGGAGGCCUGUGUGACUUUGAACAGAGCAUGUGUGGAUGGACCCAUGACCCCAUGUCUGAUCUAAAGUGGGCUUUGUACAGUUCAUCUAGUCCUAGCCUGGACCUGACACUGGGAUCUGACAAUUUUGGGAACUUUCUGUAUGUGGAGGCGGGUCCAAAGUCAGAGCCGCACCAUGCACGGUUAUUGAGUCCGGCGGUGGGACCCGAGCGUCGUCCAGUGUGUUUGCUCUUCUAUUACCAACUGCGAGGAGAAGGUCAGGAUAGCCUGCGAGUGCUGCUUCGUGAUGAUGAACAGGAAGAGACCCUGCUCUGGGCGCUGAAAGGAGACCAGGGGCCCAUGUGGAGAGAGGGCCGCACCAUCCUGCCCCAAUCCCCUAAAGAGUAUCAGGUCGUCAUUGAAGGCUUGUUUGAGCGUGGCAGUCAAGGGUACAUCUGGGUCGACAACAUCCAUAUGAGCACCAGCACAGAGCUCGAGCAGUGUACACAACCCUUCGCAGCUUUCCCUCCUGAAAUGACUGGGGAAGCCUUACCUGGCUGGAGUGACCCUACUGUUGACACCACUGUGUCCCUGCAGCCCAUGCCCACCUACUGGUAUUACGUAAUAGCCGGAGGUGGCGCCCUUUUCCUCCUGGGCUGCGUCACGUUGGUCAUGGUGCUGUGUUGCCAUCGCUACCACCUGGCGGCCAAGAAGAGCCAGCACUCUGUGUCCUACCAGAGCACGUUCACGGGACAGUACGUGGGGAACGGCCCCGGGGCCCUCGCUGGAUCCGGGGUGGAGCCCAUGUUAACUAUUCGGUUAGAAAAAGAGGAGCCCUGUUCUCAGUGCUGAACAAACGCUGUUUCCUACUGCUGUUAUAUAGACACAAGUUGUGCACCUUAAAGACUUGAAUUGUGUUUCUGGUGACGAAGAUGCCAAACCGACGGAAGUGAGCGGAGAGCACCAGACGUAUAUAAGUUAUCAACUUCUGGGUUUCUCUUUGAUUCUUUUGUGGAGAUUUAGGGCUGUGAGAAAGAAGAUGUGCCAUGCAAUGGGACAUCCAGACAAAAUCCUGACUGACAGGCACUCUGCACCUACUUUCCUCCAGCUCUGUGGAAAGAAAAGCAGGAUGGGAACCUUACUGUGCAAAGCUCUAAUCUCCUGUUCAGGGCCAAUCCUAUUGUACAGUCAAGAGAACUCAGGAGCAUUGCCAAAUUUUGAGGAAAGCUUGAGAGAUUGAGAGAGAGGAAACUUGCAUGUGUACUGCAUCUGAUGUGCACACAUAAAGACUUAAGACUCGAGGAACUGACGUGUGACAGGAAUAUUCAAAGAGACGAAGCAUGAGUGUCAAAAAAUUGGGGAGAAAUGUCACAAAUCCCCUGUUAUUCACAUAAUACUGUAUGUGUGGAAAGAUAGAGUCUCCAUUAUGUAAAACACGUAAUAUACUGCGAAGUGCUCUCCUUUAAGGACGGGUCUUUUUAUCUUUCUUUCAGAGCUUUAGAACAGUAAGGGACCUUUAGAGAAAUGGAUUUGGUCUUUAUUCUUCAGGCGGAUGUUUGAACGACCUGUUUGAUCUCCUCCUCGCCAUUAAAUGAAACGAAGGAAGCUUCUUAAAAGCAUUUCGAACGCUGUUCUCCUUUUCUGAGAAUGCAUUUGAUUAUCUGUCAAUAUGUGUCUAUAUAUAAACUCUACUUUUCUGAAAGUCAGCGGGAGAUUUGGCUACAGUAUGUUUUUAUGCAAAGGUCACAUGACCCUGCCUUAGCCAGCCUACUCUUCUGAUGGCUGACUAACCUACACAACACUGGCCUUAAGACGCUUCAGUGGCAUUGGGCUGAUUUAAGCCGAUUACUGUUCAUGUUUAUUAUUUAAUCGUUUCAUAUUCAACUCAAGUGAAUUCAUUUAAGAAUAAGGAUUGAUAGAUCUGCAUAGGGCCGUAACCACAAUAAACAUUAAGGGGGACACGUCCCACUCCCCAAUUAUCAAACAUGGCCAAUUUCUUUUUUUAAUAUACAUACCCAUCCCCUGAAUGUUUAGCCCUCCCCAUUCAAUGUUCAAGUGUGGUUACAGCCUUGCAUUGUGAUGCAGUCAGCUUUAUUUUUAUAGUUAUAUAAAAUAUUUAAGCAGUGUGUGUAUUUGUGUACUAUCCCCCCUGAGAUUUUGAAUACACACAUGCAGUCUUGUUAAAGAGAGAGGAAAGCUUUGUGAUUGUGCCAAAUGUCAUACGGUGCUAAAGCACUUGGCUCGUUGAUUUUGCUGCAGGGAUGGAGUUGAGUCGGCACAUUGGCCCUAUACCUCCAAACUUCACAUUUAUAGCUACAGCCCAUUUCUCCGUCCACCUGAUAAAAAGUCACUUAGUACACCUGCUGAUGUCUUACUGAAUUCAUAACCAACUCUUUUAUUUUGCUUUAAAGCUUUUUGAUAUUUUACUGAUUUAGAAAGCGACAGGUGGUAACCACCGAGUAUUUGGACACUUAUAAUUUUUUAUAAUUCGUUUCAUUUAUAAUUCGUUACAUUACUUAAGUCACACUUAAAAAUAUAUCAAAAUCCUUGUUUUAUUAAAUAUUUUUUUAAAUAUAGCACAAACAUGCUAGUACCAUUUAAUGCCGAAAAGUGUCGAAAAUUGUCCGAAUACUUUGGUGUAACUGUACAUGUUGAAGUAUGUGCACUGGUCACUAAACCAUGUAAUGAAUCUGUAGAUGAAUGAAUUCUUGCAAAACUUUAAUUUGUGUUUUAUUUGCAUUAUAUGCAUAUGACAAUCUUGCUGCAUAUUUUUUCUUUUUAUUGUAAUGUACGAAAACAUUAUAUUUCAAUGUACUUCAAAAUAGUACUAGAUUCAUCUUUCAUAUGCUACUUGAAACGCAGUAAUGUACCUUUAAAAAGCAAAACAUGCCACGGUCUGAGAUGUUUUGUCUGGGUACAUACUGUUCAAUGUUGUCCUCUUUACUUAACUCUUUCCUCGCCAUUGACGAGAUAUCUCGUCAAUUAAGAGAAAACGCUUCCCCGCCAAUGACGAGAUUUUCCGUCUUUCCGCAAUAUCGCUAUUAUCCACCAGGUGGCGCCCUUCCGCAACUUUUUAAAACCGGAAGUAUUGCCCUAUGGCAAGCUGCUGCGUGUCCGUGUCUGUUUUAAAGAUCGCUCUGAAUGGGAUCUCUAUGAAAAAUCCGUCAUAAAAAUGGAAUUAUCUCUGCUUUUUGCUCAAAAUAUGGUGUUUUUGCAAAAACCUACCCAUAUUCAAAAGCUGAUUGCAAAAGAACCACUAAAGGUAGGAUGAAACGGUUUUUUUUGUUUGAAAGCAGAGGGUCUGUUCUUUCAUUUGGUAUAUUGUUUGUUUAUAUAUUUAAAGAAGAACAUUUUCUGUAAGGCAUUAAACUUUGGUGAAAAUCAUGAAAAACGCUGGCGCUGGCUGGCAACUUUUUUUUAAAAUGCUGGCGGUGAAAGAGUUAACAAACAUACGAAAUAGGCACCAUAAGAACACAGAAUGGAAAUUUCCCUGACAAAGUAUAUUUUCCUUUUACACACAAGUAGGCUUUGUCCAUUACCGAAAGCAUCUGUCAGAUUUUGGCUUCAUCUAAAGCGACAGAGAUGAAAGAAGAAGAAAGUAAAUCCCAAUAUCUUGUUUUGUCCUCCAUCUGGCAAUAGGUGAAAAUAAUCCCCCAUCAUGGACAUCCCGGCCCUUUCUCCCCCGUUUAUCUGCUCUUCACGAAAGAAUGUGAAGGCGAGAUCAAAGAAAAUCCUGCUCCAAAUAUAAACCUUCUCUGCUAGAUCUAGGGUCUGAAGGGUUUGUUUGAAUUACAAAAGCACAUGAAAGAUCUCAGCAGACAGCUAGAGAGACACCUGACCUGGUAGGCCUAUCAUGCCGCAUUGUCUCCACCCGUCCCACCUAAUCCUCUAUACAAGAGAACGUGUUCAGGAAUAUCGACAUUAAAUAUUCUAAAAAGAUUGCGUUUUUUGAAGGAUCGAGUCACGUUCUUCAUUAUGUCGUGGUCUCGCUUAUUUCUCCCUCAUGUUUAAGGUAGAAUUUAAGAAUAUGCGACGGAUUUCUAUGAGUUUCUGUGGCAUACAGCUGAAUGUAUAUCAACGCUAGUGUCUGAAUUGUCUUGUCUUGUCUUGACCGAUUAUCCUCGCACACUUGUUGUGGUUCAUCUUGAGCAAGAUGUAUCCUGGUUGUUCAUUAUGCCUGUAUGAUUAUUAAUAUAUUUAAUUCAGACUAAGUGAUCAGGAUCCUGUGCUUUAUUUUUUGGUGGGAAUGAAUGAUUUAACCCAGGACAUUGACAUUUUGUUUUUAAUUCACUUUUUAGGCUGAGUUGCUAAAAAAUCAAUGAGUCAGCUGAUUAUAAUAUAUUUUUAAAUCGACUGAUAUUUCUAAUUAGGUAAUGCACCAAAUUACAUUUUCUGAAGUCUGUUGUAAGCACUUUUCUGUUGCCGUCCCUCACAAAAUAUGAAUUAGCAGAAGCACUCUGGCCAAGAUGAUGUCCAAGAGCCCGGCUCUGUUAGUAUCUGCACAAACCGCAUUUGCUUUCACCGCAUUAAGAGAAUAAGAAAAGGCACGUUUGGAUGCCUCUGGUUGUAUAUUGUAUAAGUUUCAGAAAUGUCAUGACUCAGAUUGGUCACAUUUUUGAUGUUCAUUAUGUUGACAUUAUGCUUCAUUUGCAUCUGUAUGACUUCUGAUGAAUUUCUGGUCGUGUGCACUUUUUAGCUUUUGUGAAUUCAGGGCUUUGACCCGAACCAUGAAUAUUAGCUCCUGUUUCAUUUACAAUGCAGCUGAAUGUUUUAAUAGAUACAGUAUGAGGUAUAUUUUAGCCUGAAUUUCAUGGUCUUGGAAAUGUUGUAUGGAAUGUUACAAUAAAGUGAUAUUUUUCUACAAA